AUGUCUGCUUACUUCUACUGCGGUGGCUGCGGAGCUCGAAUUGCACUCGUCCAGGAUUACGAUCACCCUGGAGACGACAUAGAGAAUUCAAGGUUCUUUACUAAAGUGUUUAAUGUUGAAGUAGCACAGGACGAGCAAUAUAAUCCAGUAUUAAAUGGCAUGAACCUAGCCACGACUUACUGUGGCAAAUGUAGAACCCCGCUCGGGUGGAGAGUUAUUGCAGUCUCCGAACCAUCUAGGAGUCAUAAAGUAGGAGGAUUCUAUAUGAGAUUGAAAUGGCUGCAUGAAAUGAAUCAUGAUAAAUAUAGAGACAGAACUGAGGGAUAUGGAGAUUCUACUGAACAAGACGUGGGUGCUAAUGAGCCAAAUUUUUAUCAAGAUGGAGACACAACUGAGGGAUAUGGAGACUCCACUGAACCAGAAGUGGGUGCUAAUGAGCCAAAUUUUGAUCAAGACGGAGGUGUUAAUGAGCAAAAUUUUGAUCAAGACGGAGGCGUUAAUGAGCAAAAUUUUGAUCAAGACGGAGGCGUUAAUGAGCAAAAUUUUGAUCAAGAUGGAGGCGUUAAUGAGCAAAAUGCUGAUCAACGUGGAGGCGGUAAUGAGCAAAAUGUUGGUCAAGAUGGAGGCGGUAAUGAGAAAAAUGCUGAUCAACAUGGAGGCGGUAGUGAGCAAAAUUCUGAUCAACAUGGAGGCGGUAAUGAGCAAACUGUUGGUCAAGAUGGAGGCGCUAAUGAGCAAAAUGUUGAUCAACAUGGAGGCGGUAAUGAGCAAACUGUUGGUCAAGAUGGAGGCGCUAAUGAGCAAAAUGCUGAUCAACAUGGAGGCUGUAAUGAGCAAAAUGUUGGUCAAGAUGGAGGCGGUAAUGAGCAAACUGCUGAUGAACAUGGAGGCAGUAAUGAGCAAAAUGUUGGUCAAGAUGGAGGCUCGCCAAUGAAACGGCCGAAGAAAUAG